CUUAUUGGAAAAUGAACGUAACCAGAGCAAAACAGUAAAAGCCGUACCGAAGGUCAAUAAACAAGAAAUACAACAUAAUAAUAGACAGAAAUGGCUACACGUAAUCUUACAGAUGAACAGAUUGCCGAGUUUCGUGAAGCUUUCUCUUUGUUUGAUCGAGACCAAGAUGGGAAUAUAACUUCAAACGAGUUGGGUGUUGUAAUGCGAUCCCUUGGUCAGUCACCUACAGCGGCCGAAUUACAAGACAUGAUUAAUGAAGUAGAUGCUGAUGGUAAUGGAACCAUCGAUUUUACAGAGUUUUUGACUAUGAUGGCUCGAAAGAUGAAGGAUACUGACAACGAGGAGGAAGUGCGCGAAGCUUUCAAAGUAUUUGACAAGGACGGAAAUGGAUAUAUUACAGUUGAAGAGCUUACGCACGUAUUAACCAGUCUUGGUGAACGCCUUUCUCAAGAGGAAGUCACCGAUAUGAUUCGUGAAGCUGAUACUGAUGGUGAUGGUGUCAUAAAUUAUGAAGAAUUCUCACGAGUUAUUUCUUCAAAGUAAUAAUCGUUUCGAGUAUUUCAAAAACAAUUACACACCAUUAAAAAAUUUUCAUUCAAUAACUAUGUCCUAUAUUAUCUUUUAUUUCGAUCGAUCGAGAGUGACCUUAAACUUCGCAUAUUCCCGAUUCUCCUAAGAUCCGUUUACCGUUAACAUGUUGCUUAUACAGCUUGUGGAAAAUUAUUGCCCUUUUUCGUUGUGAGAAUGAAGUGGAUAACAAUGAUAAUUUCGCUCUUUCUUCCUCUUUAAGGAAUGAUUUUUGUAAUGAAUAAAGCAUUUUUUCUGUUAGUCUGUUACGUGAAGGUGAAGUGAAAGGAUUUGAAAGUUUACUAAAUCGCCUUUAAAUAUUUUGUUGUUUUAUCAAACUAAUCUUUUGUCAUGAAUACUUUCUGAUAUUAAAGAACAAGCAUCUUGAAUUAUCGUUUGCAUAUAAUGCUGCAUAUCUGUAACAGCUUGGUUCAAAUGUUGAGCAAUAGAUGUUCGUUCUGUCGAAGGGUUCUCAUAAUUAUGUAUCCAACAUUAUAAAAGGUCGCUUUCAGCAAGAUAAUAGCUCAAUUCGUUUAGUUUCUGGAUACUGUGUAGCAUGACCUCUUUGAUAUAAAUUUUUCUAAUACACUAUGCGCAGAAUCAGAAAAUUUCCUAUAAUAUUCACAUUCCAUUUAUCAUUACUG